AUGGAGCAAAAUAAUCUAUUUUCAUCAAUAAGAGCCUCACCUGCACAGUUCAUAACAAAAAACUCCUUAGCUAUCAUACAAUCAAGGGGAUACGCUGUCCCAUAUAAAUUUCUACACCAAGGUCAAGAAGAAAUACAGAGAUUACUAAGAGAAAACAUUAUAAAGCCCAGCAACUCACCUUUCACAAGUCCUGCAUUUUUCUUACGGAAGAAGAAUAACGACUUAAGGCUGGUUAUAGACUAUAAAAAAAUUAACAACAUGUUAGAGGAUGAUCCAUGGAUAUUACCAAAAAUAGAUGAAUGUCUUAUGGAAAUGAGGACAAUUGAUUUCUUUAGCCAGCUAGAUUUCCAGAAUGGUUUUAACCAGAUUAAAAUAGCUGAAGAUUGUCAAAAACACACCGCCUUUAUAUUACUAGGAAAGCAAUACGAGUAUAAAAGAAUCCCAUUUGGCAUCAAGCCGGGACCUAAAAUAUUUCAACGAUACAUUUCGGAAAUAUUAGAGUCGAUGCGAAAUUGCUUCGUCUCAUAG